AUGAAAUUAUCCACGAGACAUACGGGAUGGGUGAGAUGCGUUGAUGUGGAACCCGGGAAUGAAUGGUUUGUUAGUGGCGGUGCUGACAGAAUUGUUAAGGUUUGGGAUCUAGCCACUGGGAAGUUGAGGCUUUCGUUGACCGGACAUGUGAGCGCUGUUCGUGCCUGUAAAAUAUCGCAUCGACACCCGUUCUUGUUCACUGGUGGAGAAGAUAAACAGGUUUUUAAUUCAUUAAUAUAA